AUGCAUCCUGCACCCAUAAGGCGUAACUAUUGGGUGGAGAAGCUAGCUAUGCCAGAGAAGCAUACGAAAAACGUCACCAGAAGAAGAAAUGGCUUGGAGUACACGGAUUUGGCGUAGAGCCAAUUCAGGGAGCUAUAUAUGUCGUCAAACGUCAAUUUAAUGGGAGUAAUUCUUUGCGUGCACUCGAUGACUGAUGGGAAAUGGGCCAACUUCUCUGCAACUUGUACAUGA